CCCUGAAAAUUUUAAUAGCUUUACUAAUUCAUCCAACGUCACCGUCUCGUUUUUCUGAUCUCUAAAGCAAUUUAAACGUGUGAUGCUACAUCGGUAUAUUUGAAUGGUAAAAUUUCAACCCACAAAAUAGAAAUUGCCAGUUGCGCCAAGAGUCCUACAAUCUCCGCUCCAUUCUGAGGCUAUUAGCUAAAGCUUUUCUUUCUAAAUUCUUUCCUCGCCUCAAUUCCCGUUUCUCUCUGGAGACAUCAUUCCGAACGUUUCUGCUCUUGUAAUUCAAUUACUGUUGGAUCGGUGUCUAAUCUUCCAUAACGAUCACAUACUUCGUAUUUGAGAGAUCAUAAUGGGAAGGAGCAGAUCUUCUUCAUCGUCAAGCAAAUGGAGGUAUUGUAAUCCUUCCUAUUACCUCAAGAGGCCCAAACGCUUGGCGUUCCUUCUCGUUGCCUUUGUUUGUGCCAGUUUGCUUGUGUGGGAUCGCCAGACUCUCGUUAGAGAACACGAGGUGGAGCUUUCCAAGCUAAGUGAAGAAGUAAAUCAAUUAAAAGCAACGCUAGAAGAGUUGAAGAAUGUUCAUGGAGAUUCAAUCAAGUCGAUUACAAGUAAAUCUAGCAAGUAUUCCCAAAAGGCUAUCCAUGAUGAUCCUAUUGACAUUGAGCGAAGGGAGAAAGUAAAAGAAGCUAUGCUUCAUGCAUGGAGUUCAUAUGAAAAGUAUGCAUGGGGCCAUGAUGAGCUUCAGCCACAGACAAAGAAUGGUGUUGAUAGCUUUGGUGGUCUUGGAGCAACUCUAAUUGACGCUCUUGACACAUUAUUUAUAAUGGGUUUUGAUGAGCAGUUUCAAAGAGCUAGAGAGUGGGUGGCAAACUCAUUGGACUUCAAUAAGGAUUAUGAUGCCAGCGUCUUUGAGACAACCAUAAGAGUUGUAGGUGGACUACUUAGUGCUUAUGAUCUUUCAUCAGAUAAAGUUUUCUUGGAAAAGGCCAAAGACAUUGCAGAUAGAUUACUACCUGCAUGGAAUACGAGUACUGGGAUCCCUUAUAACAUCAUUAACUUGGCCCAUGGAAAUGCACAUAACCCUGGAUGGACUGGUGGUGACAGUAUACUUGCAGAUUCUGGAACAGAACAGUUAGAAUUUAUUGCUCUUUCUCAAAGGACUGGAGACCCAAAAUAUCAGCUGAAGGCGGAGAAGGUUAUAUUAGAGCUUAAUAAGACCUUUCCUGAUGAUGGUUUGCUUCCAAUCUAUAUUAAUCCUGAUAAGGGAACCGGAUCAUACUCUACCAUAACUUUUGGUGCCAUGGGUGACAGCUUUUAUGAAUAUUUGCUCAAAGUUUGGAUUCAGGGGAACAAAACUUCAACUGUGAGACAUUAUAGAGAAAUGUGGGAGAAAUCGAUGAAAGGCCUAUUAAGCUUGGUUAGGAAAACAACACCAUCAUCUUUCACAUACAUUUGUGAGAAGAGUGGAGAUAUGUUGGCAGACAAGAUGGAUGAAUUGGCAUGUUUUGCUCCAGGUAUGAUAGCUUUAGGAUCAUCUGGUUAUGGGCCUGCUGACUCCCAGAAAUUUCUUUCACUUGCAGAGGAGCUUGCUUGGACAUGUUACAACUUCUACCAGUCAACACCAACAAAAUUGGCUGGAGAAAACUACUUUUUCCAUCCAGGGCAGGAUAUGAGUGUGGGUACAUCAUGGAAUAUAUUGAGACCAGAAACAAUUGAAUCGCUCUUUUACCUGUGGCGUUUAACAGGCAACAAAACAUACCAGGAGUGGGGUUGGAAUAUAUUCCAAGCAUUUGAAAAGAACUCACGCCAUGAGACUGGAUAUGUGGGACUGAAAGAUGUCAAUACCGGUGUCAAAGACAAUAUGAUGCAAAGCUUUUUCCUCGCAGAGACGCUGAAGUAUCUCUAUCUCCUUUUCUCACCAUCUUCAGUCAUCUCAUUAGACGAGUGGGUUUUCAACACAGAAGCUCAUCCUCUUAGAAUUGUGACCCGUCGAGAGGGAGACGCCUCUGGGUAUUCAGAAUAUAAGCAAACUAGUAGGACACAUGGCAGGAAAGGAGGUCAGUUCACUGAUAAUUAGGAUUCAUUUGCUGCGUAUUUUUGAGGCUUUGAUUAGAUGAGGAGACUAUACAAAAUUAUAAGCUGAUCAAUAUGAAAAAUAUAGAUUGAAGGCCUCAUGGAAUGCUGUUUGCAAUAGGAAAUAAUGUGGUUCAACAAAAUUUUCCAUUCCAUGCUUGUAGAAAUUGUUGUAUUCUAUCCUGAGAAAGGAAUGGCAGCACAGAUGGAAAUGUAACUCAGAAUGUAGUUUAAUUUCCUAAGCUUAGUAUCAUAUUAUAGGAAUUUUUAUUUUUUUUUCCCUCCUUUUUGACUAUCACAACAUCUUCGUGAGUGUAUGAGCACAUGUGAUAUCCUGGAGGAUAAUGUAUGGGUUUUCCUUUAUUUUUACCCCUAUUUAAUAGGAACAAGUUGAAAAAGAAAAUACUAUACUGCGGUUUUAUAUUUUUGACAA